AUGGCGGACGCCGAAGUUCCCUCACCACGACGCUCGUCUUCACAAGCUUCUAGCGCGUCAUGCAGAAGCCGAAAUGCGAAGACAGUCCGUGCCAAGAUGCAAAAACGUCAUUCAGGCUCUUCCAACACAACCACCGACCUCACUUCAUUCCCUUCUCUGUCACCGCCCGACCAAUCACCAACCCUACCUCGCGGCUUGGUGAAUACUCUGCACUCUGAGGAAGAUGGAGGGCACAUGCAUGCAAAUGAGCGCGGUCGCGGUCGCAAUCACGGUCACGGUGAACAUACUCGUGGAAGAAAAGCAACACUAGCAAAUUUGACGAGUGGUCUAUCGCACAAGUCCGGUCGCGCUGCUCUGUUCGCUGAUUCAGUCCCGCGACAUGAUAUUCCGGGCGCCCUGCACCUAGCGGAUGAUGCCCACAUCGAACGGCUGAUAUCCGGCUCGGGGGCCACGAACCUAGUCAGGCAAUUUGCUCGUGACCUGGCUCAACGGGAUGCUGAGAUCUCAGCUCUCCGCCAACGCGCCGACGCAAGAGAACGUGAGCUCAAGCGGAUGCUGCGAGAGGUGUCGGUCUCCAACCAGGAUAUCGAACGCCGGUUGUAUCAAAUGGAAAAUCCUCCGGUUGAUCGCACCUCGGAUGCAGAGAGUACCCACAGUCACAGUAGUGACCCUACUGGCCAGGACUCUUCUGGAUUGAAUGGACUUAUGUCCCAAGCAAUGGAGGAUGCCGUAGGAUCUCGGACUUGCGCGGAACCUGAGCCUCAGGCCACGAUCCGUCCCCUGCGAUCAAACACCGAUACGUCAGGCAGCGGACUAACCGACAACCGGAAACGUCAAAGCUCCAUUCGAGGCUGGCAGGAAUACAUUUUCGGCUCUACCAACACAAGCCGCAAGACUAGUUGCGCUAGCAGUCUUAUGAGCGAGGCUGGGGAAACCGAAGCAGAAGCUGAGGGCCUUCGUCUGCCCAUGAAUCCCGCAAUGCGAAGGAAGGCACUCGAUGAACAACUUUUCCAGCCACCUAAUGAUCCAGCACGAAGCGGGACAGCUCGGCGUAUUGCUAGUACGUCCACCAAUGGUGGUGAUGAUGCCAGCAUUGAUUCUCGCAAGUCUUCGAAGUCUUUUGGCUCUUGGACAAUCAAGCUGUUCGCUGGUAAUUCCCAGGCUGGCAAGGAUGGAAGCGAUUCCGAGUCCAUUGGCAAUAAACCCCAGCCCCAAAGACCAGAUGGUGAUAAGAGUGCCUCAUCAACUCUCUCUGGGAACUCCAAGGGUGGGUUGUCGGCAGUGGCUGCAUUGAAGAGAAUCAAUAGCAAUGCCAGUCUGCCCAACUCCACUGUACGCUCCGCCAGCGGGUCUAGUACCCAAGGCAAAAUGGGCCCACCCCCACCGCGACGCACUGCCGCCGGCAGUGUAUCACAGGGCACAACGUCGGAGACUACUGAACAGAGCUCGACAAACCUUGGGCCCGUCGAAAUGGACGCCAUCCUGCCCUUGGAAUCAAAGCCCCCCACACUCACUCCUAUCUAUAACAACGCUUACCAGGGCGAAUUCCUCACCGACAGCUUCGGUUUCAUAUAUGACCAGCGGAGGAACAAGCGCCAGAGAGAAGCCGCCGGCGCGAAGAGUGGCAAUCACCGAUUGAGUAUCACCGAGACUCUUGGUACACUCCGGACCGAUAUUUCGGACCUGGAUGAUGACUUUGCAGUGCCAGCGAUUUCUCAGGCCGUUCCAGGUACAUUGAACUCUCUCCCUGGCUCACCCGAUGACCUCGAAGGCGGCGCUGUUGCGAUUACUCGCUGGCAAGACUAUCUGAGGGUCCCGAACCGUCCCACAGAGCUAUUGUCCCAUACCCCCUCCGCAGGCCCCAUCAUCUCCUUGACCGCCGCCACCGAUAGUCGCUCUCAUAGCUCUUCCGUCUCAGUCGACAAAGACGGUGCGUUGGCCGUCGGAUCUAGCGCACAGCCAUCGGCGUCCACCUCCGCAGUGACUGCCAACAGGCCUGAAUUCGCCGGUUUGUCCUCGGAUCAGCCCCGAGACACGACCUCCAGCCUCACUCCCGCAGAUAUAGAGCCGGUGAAAUUGCUACUGCGGCAAUUGGCUGAUCUACAUGAUACAUCGCAGCGUGACCGGACUGUGGGGUGGAACGAGUUCCUGCGAAAAGUGCGCGCGGAGCGUCGAAAGGAAGGUGAAGCCGCUGCUGCAAGUUCGGAUCGAUCUGUUCCUGCGUUCGCCACACCUGAAACAUCGCUUGCCGAUGGUGAAGUGGUAGGCAUUGCAGGUCUAGGGAACAAGGGCAAGGUCGGUCGGGCAAAGUGGCGGGAAUUCCGAAUGCUUGUCCUCGGCGGAAUCCCAAUUGCUCUCCGUGCUAAGGUUUGGUCGGAGUGCAGUGGGGCUUCGGCGAUGCGGAUUCCUGGUUACUAUGAUGAUCUUGUUCGUGGUGUCGGUGACUCUGAACCCGACUCCUCUGUUGUGGCACAGAUCGAUAUGGAUAUCCGUCGGACUCUGACCGACAAUGUCUUUUUCCGCAAGGGGCCUGGUGUGGAUAAGUUGAAGGAGGUCCUCCUUGCGUACUCACGUCGCAACCCGGAGGUCGGUUACUGCCAGGGAAUGAACUUGAUUGCGGGAUCUCUGUUGUUGAUUCUGCCGACUGCCGAAGAUGCGUUCUGGAUUUUGGCCUCCAUGAUUGAGAUCAUCCUGCCUGAGCAUUAUUACGACCAUGGCUUGCUUGCCUCUCGUGCGGACCAGGUGGUCCUGCGUCAGUACAUUACAGAGCUUCUUCCAAAGCUUUCUGCCCAUCUAGAGGAGUUGGGCAUCGAGCUGGAGGCGCUCACCUUCCAGUGGUUCCUGUCUGUCUUCACAGACUGUCUUUCUGCAGAGGCCCUGUAUCGUGUCUGGGAUGUCAUUCUAUGCCUCAACGUGACCACCACAGACAAUGGACCAGGGUCAAGUGGCCCCAUCGCCAAGGAGGCCGACAAAGCUGCGAAGAUGAAGGCCUCUGCGGAUAUUGCCUCCGGCAGCGGUGGGGGAAGCACGUUCCUGUUCCAAGUUGCUCUUGCAUUGCUUAAGCUCAAUGAGCAACAAUUGUUGACAACCUGUUCGACACCAGCAGCGCUCUACACGUACAUCAAUCACCAAAUGACCAACCAUGCAAUCAGUAUUGAUGGCUUGAUACACGCUAGUGAAGCAUUGCGGAAAGUGGUGCGUCGUGAGGAUGUUGUGGCCCGGCGAGCUGUUGCCCUGGAGGAGAUGCGGGCGAAUUGA